ACAAUAAACUUAGCUACUGAUAAUGUUUUAAUGGAACUUAAUCCUCGUUUAAUUGAAUAUAAACCAUGGUUUCUUUUGUUAUUUGACGAUCCAAAACCGGACUUGCAAAAGGAAUACGCAAUCAAGCAAGGAGAACCGGUGGUGAUAAAAGGUAAACCAUAUAGGUUUUCACGUACAGAAAUCUACGAAAUUAUCGAUAUUGCGCAUAGUCUCAAUAUCAGCGAGGAUUUUGCCGCUACAAUACAUCAACAUGCAAAGGAACUAAAGUCAAAAUAUAAUAAACCAGUCGCUGAAACGGCAAUUAAUCUUUACUAUGACGAAAAAACUUAUAUGUUGUUAAGUUUGUUAACUAUUUUCAGCAAAGUUUAUGAUGCAGAGGUCAAAGAAAAAGUCAGAGAUGUUUUCAAAACAUUUAUUUAUGGUUUAUUCAAGUCAUAUGAAAAUUUAAAUGAUGAUCUUUUAUAUGGUAUUAAACUUAUGAAAUCUAUUGAGACUUUAAGAUCUCAGAUGUUAGAUUUGGAAGGUCGAUAUCAACAACUUAUCAGCAAUAGAAAUUCUGUUAUAACUACAGAGCAAUUUCUUUAUUUAAAUGAAGGCGCUAUUUUACCAUCAGUUGAUGAGAAAGUGAUUUUACAAAGAAUGGCCUCAAUUACAACACAUCGAAAAUAUCUUGCAUAUAUUAUAUGGAAGAUGGCCUUUACUUACCUAUUUUCAACACAAGAAAUUUUGAAUUUAUGCAAAAUGCUUGAAAAUCUUGACCUUAAUGAUAAUGUCUAUCCUUAUUUAAUCGCUGCAUUAUUAGCUAUUAUUAAUACUUCAUCAGAACAUUUUCUCAAUGAUUUAUCUGCAAAAGAGAAAUUAGAAGAUUUAAUGAAAGAUGUAGAUUUUAUUAAUAAUUUUACUGAUAUUAUAAGUCGAGGCACGUGGAAAGUUAAUGCUGCUAAGGCAGCUAGUUUAAUAGAGUGGAGCAUAUUUAUAGGAGAUGCGAUAAAAAAAUAUUCUGGUUUAGAAGGAAGUUUGAAAGUUAAAUCAGAACAUUUAACAGAAAUGUUUCAUCGGGCUGUAACUAAUGACGCUUUCCAAUUUAUAACUCAUUACCUUCUUUCGUUUCAGAAGACUGAAACGGAAUCUAUUUAUAUAGAAAAUCUUCCAAAUGUUGAAAAUAUUUGGCAUAAAACAAAUAAUGGUGAAGUGUCUUUCUGUG